AUGGCCUCCGAGAAGCCGCCCACGCAGGACAGCGCCAGCCGUGGUGGGGAUGAGAAGAACAAGAAGAAGCGGUCGAACCGCCCGCCCUCCGAGGAUCCGCGAUUCAUUAUUGAGAAUUCCAAGAGCAAUUGGAAGACUUUCGCGCAGCUGGUCUUCAUCCUAUCGAUAGUCAUCACAGCCUAUUCCACUGGAGCGUUUGAUUUAUACAAAUACUACGACUACCUGACGCAGCCGUCGCUAUCCGGGGCGGAGAAGAUCUUGCACGAGAACCCUUUAAUCGACGGCCAUAAUGAUCUUCUCAUCCUCAUACGAGCGUUGUAUGGGAACAAGAUCUAUGGCAAGAAUUUCACGGAGCCAUUCGAGCAUGGGAAUCUGACUGGCCAUUUCGAUCUGAGGCGUGCAGAGAAGGGCCAGCUGGGUGGGACUUUCUGGUCGGCGUGGGUGCCUUGUCCGGCGGACGGGUUUGAUUUCUCAGAUGAGAACUAUGCGCCUUUUGUGCGUGCUACGCUGGAGCAGCUGGAUCUGUUCAAUCGAAUCGCGGCCAAACAUCCGAAGUACUUCACCCUACCGAAGAACGCUGCGGAGGCAGAGAAGAACUUCGAAAAGAAAGGCCAAUUCAUAUCACCUCUGGCCAUCGAAGGCUUACACCAAAUCGGCAACUCAAUCGCCACACUCCGACUAUACCACGAACUCGGCGUGCGCUACGCCACGCUCAACUGGAACUGCCACAACAGAUACACCGACGCCGCCGUGGUCUCCAUCGACGGCGAAUCCCGCCGCUCCAAACCCUACUGGGGCGGCGUCAGCGACGAAGGCCGCAACCUCAUCCGCGAAAUGAAUCGCCUCGGCAUGCUCGUCGACCUAAGCCACGUCAGCCCGGACACCAUGCGCGACGUCCUCGGUGGAUCCCCCGAGAAAGGCUGGGGAGGCAGCCUCGCGCCACCAAUUUUCAGCCACUCGAGCGUCUACGCCCUCUGCCCCCACCCGCGAAACGUCCCCGACGAUGUCCUGCACCUCGUCAAGAAGAAGAACUCCGUCGUCAUGAUCAACUUCGCCCCGGAGUUCAUCAGCUGCAAGGACGUCGGCGCCGAGAAUGGUCUCCCGGAAUUCGUGGAGAAGGCCAACACCAUCGAGCACGUCGUCGAACAUAUCAUGUACAUCGGCAACCUGAUCGGCUACGACCACGUGGGUUUGGGAAGCGACUUCGACGGCAUCCCCACCACCCCCCGGGGUCUGGACGAUGUAUCAAAGUACCCAGAUCUCAUCAACCUCCUCCUGGAGAAAGGCGUCAGCGAAAAAGACGCCGCGAAGAUCGCCGGACGAAAUGUCCUGCGCGUCUGGCACGAGGCGGAUAAAGUCGCCGCGAGGUUACAGAAGGAAAUCGAUCCCUUGGAGGAUGAUCUCCCCGAUGGGAUUGGGAUGACGAGGGUGUUGGUUGAUCAGGGCGGGAUUGAUGUGGAGGUUAAACGUGAGUUGUAG